AUGAGAUCGCGACUUCUCCGGUUGUGGAGCCUGGGUUUGCUGGCCAUCGUUGGAGCCGCUGCAGACACUUCAUGUGUCGAUUGCGAAGCCACUCUUGUCGCCAACUCGGACUGGUCCAACGGCGUGCUCGCCGAGGGAAACUACUACCAGCCGACUAAGACAGGAAACUGGCUGCUUGGUAGGAGCAGCGGCGGCGAAGGCCCGCUCGAGCUUCGAAACGACCCAACCAAUGGUCACUAUGUGUGGAAUUUCUGUCCCAAGGGACACAGCGGAUAUUGCCGGGUCUACCUGGCCCAGGUCAUCACUGUCCAAGCCGGUGUGACCUACGAUUUCUCGUUCCAGUACGCGAUGGAUGGCGUGCGGGCUUCGGCGAACACGAUUGAGAUGACCGUGGCAACCUUACCCCAAAGAACCACUGUCUUCAACCAGUUUACCUACUCUGGCAAUACCAACGGAUGGGCGACAUUCAACACCAACACUUGGACGCCCACCGCGUCAGGUGACAUUGUGUUGACGCUUACCUGGCGCAACGAUCCCAACGACGCCACGGUCAAGAUCAAGAGCGCCGCCAUGUCUGCCGUUGAAUGCCGCAACCCCGAAUCCACCAAGACCUGCUCGGCUGAGCCGGAACCGGUCACAACCACGACUGUCUCUACGUCGAGCCCUGAUCCGGAGCCGACCACCACUAGCACCGAAGAAACCACCACGAGUGCCGAGCCAGAGCCCACCACUACCACCACUACCGAGGAAGCCACCACGAGUGCGGAUCCGGAACCGACUGUCACUGCCACCGAGACUAUGUCGACCACAUCCCCAACCAAGGGCUGUGGUAUUGGUACCCAGGUACUAUUGGGUGUCCGGCCCACUCCGGAAAUGAGCAGAAACUCGUCUCAUGCUGCCAACCAAGGAGCCAACUAG